GUGCCGAGGAUAGCAGAAGAGUUCACACACGCACAUUGUCUGAAAGAGGGCGCCUGCAGUUUAGACGAUAUGAUAGGGGCUAUGGGCGUGUAUCGCGUUUGCUGGAGUAUGACAAUGUUCUUCGUCGUGAUGGGCAUAUCUAUGAUAGGCGUGCAAACUGGCAAGGAUGCUCGUCGUGGUCUUCAGAACGGGUAA